AUGCAUUCCAAAUAUUUGCAGGCCGAAAUCAAAAAACGCUAUGGUCUCGACGCAACAGCAGUGGGUGAUGAAGGUGGUUUCGCCCCUAAUAUUCAGGAUAACAGGGAAGGUCUUGAUUUGUUGAAUACUGCGAUUGCAACGGCUGGAUACACGGGAAAAGUAGCGAUCGCCAUGGAUUGUGCUGCAUCCGAAUAUUAUAAGGAAACGGAUAAGCUAUACGAUUUAGAUUUCAAAAAUCCCAAUUCGGACAAAGCCCAGUGGAAAACUGGUGAUCAAAUGAUGGAAAUUUAUCAAUCUUUCAUUAAGGAAUAUCCAGUCGUGUCAAUUGAAGAUUGGUUUGAUCAAGAUGAUUGGGACAACUGGACCAAAGCGUUAGCCAAUACCCAUAUUCAGAUUGUUGGCGAUGACUUAACUGUUACGAAUCCGAAGAGAAUUGCGUUGGCUGCUGAGAAGAAAGCUUGCAACUGUCUUUUGCUCAAGGUAAACCAAAUUGGUUCCGUCACCGAAUCAAUUGAUGCGGCUAAUUUAGCUCGUAAAAAUGGAUGGGGUGUGAUGGUAUCGCAUCGUUCAGGCGAAACCGAGGAUACAUUUAUCGCAGAUCUCGUUGUUGGCCUCGCUACUGGACAGAUUAAAACUGGAGCACCAUGUCGUUCGGAGCGCCUUGCCAAAUACAAUCAGAUACUUCGUAUUGAGGAAGAACUUGGGUCAGCUGCAAUUUAUGCCGGUCAGAAAUUCCGGAAUCCUCAAGCAUAGAUUUAAAAAAAAUAAGCUUUGAUGAAAUAAAGUAAUAUAUCACGUUUUAACUAAGCAAUUUGUCCCAGAUCCCUUUCAUUAGUACUAUUAGUUGUUAUGCCAUGCAGUGAUAAUAGCUAUCCGCGUGUUAAUUAAUUUAAAUUAAUUUUGAACUGUUUGUCGUUGUUUCUAGUUUGGAUUAUAGCUUUCUCGUGCUUGUCUGAAUCAAUUUAUAUGAAAAUUGAGGUUGGUGUUAUGGAAUAAAAU